GUAUAUGUUUAAGAAAUAGUGAAGAGGAAGAUUCAACAUCUUUGAUUAAGCUAUGUUUAUUGAACUUAUUACAACGUUAUUUUUAUUAUUUACAUACGGUGAUUGUUUAAGAACGAAUAAACAGACAUGUGAACUAUGCAAAUCGUUCCCUUGGAAAGAUUGGACUGAUCAAUCGCCUUGUUCAUUUAUUUGUCCAUGGUUAGAAAAAAGAAACGAAUGUCGUAAUAACAAUGGAGGCUGCGAACAAAAUUGUUCAGAUAAAAUGGAUGGCUAUAUCUGUUCCUGUAAUGAUGGAAAAAUUCUAUCUGCUGAUAAUCAUAGUUGUCUAGACGCUUUUUGUUGGCCAAACAUAAAAAAAGAUAAUGAUCGUUGCGACUGUGAAGAGAAUUUCAUUAGCAAAGGCCACUAUUGUGACAUGGCUAUAACGGGUAUUAAAAUAUUAAAAUAUGUAACUUUACAACGGUUUCUUAUCUUUUAUACCUUAUUUCUAUUUAGAUAACACUAAGCCACAAUAUAAAAAUUGUAAAAUAACAAUAACUUCUCAAGAUAAAAUUUCUUCAAAAGACGACAAUAAUUGGUGUAUAGACAAAUCUCCUUUGUCGCAAUUUAAUUCAAUACCUGUUAAAGUCUCUUAUCUUAUGGAAAUUGCAUUUAAAAGUAUUAAUACCUCGAUUAAUUUUAAUAAUGAUAAGUUUACUUUAGUAAUCUCAAAUUUUGGUUUAAUUGAUGCGAAUAUAAUCUUUACUAGAAGGGAUUAUCACUCAAAGGAAUUAAUUGAUAAGAAAGAGAUUAAAGAAUCAAACUGUAAGCCAUUAAUCUAUUCAAAAAAUAACCCUGUCAUAAACGUAAUUUGCUCUGGAAAUUAUGAUUUUUCCAAUGUUAAAAGCGAUGAAAUAUUCUGCAUUGAAUUCAAGUCGUCGUCUGGCGGUUUUGCUGUGUUUAAGAGAAGAAAUAUUUCAAAUAACUUGAAUUCAAUUGUUAAACAAUAUUUCGGUCCAAUCAAUAAUUUCGUUACCCAAUGUGUAAACAUUAACGUACCACCACAACAUUGUUCCUUCACUAAUAAGUGUUCAGAUAAGCCUCUUGAGGUUAAAUGUAACGGUGAUAAUGAAGUAAUUGUAAUUCUCUCAGGCUGGAGUGACCCAAUUUAUCCAGAUUUACAAGUUUGGAUUACUCGUGAAAAUAUACCGAUUGCUACAGCUAGAAGACUUGCAAUUAUCAGUAAUAAUGUAACGGAACCCUAUAUUGAAUCAAAAGAAUAUUCCUUGAACGGUAAAUUGGAAGAGGGCCAUGUUAAAAUUCAACUAGAACUUAAAAAUUCAAAUAAUGACGUCAACACACUUAAUGCCUAUAUUAGAGUUAAAAAAGUUUCUACGAAAGACAAAGUAGACUUUCAAUGUACAAAAGUUCCAUCACUGAAAAUCUUUGAAGAUGAAACAGUUGAAAACCUGCCUCAAUGACAUUUUAUAAAAAUAAAUUUGUUUAAAAAUAGGCUUAUGAAAGGAGAUUUUAUAUAAUAAAAUCAAUUAUCAACUAUGUAUAUUCAAUAAAAUCUUAUUGUACUUUUGAACAGAGAAGCUACAGAUUUCAGUCAUUUGUAAUUCUUUU